AUGAACGACAGUACCUGCAGCUCCAGGGAGCUCCCCGGGCCCCAGGUGGCCAAGUACGUCUUCUUCAUCUACAUGGGCGGGCUGCUGUUGCUGGGUCUGCUGCUCAACGGCCUGGCACUCUGGGUGCUGUGCUGCCGCCUGCUGCGCUGGACAGAGACCCACAUCUACAUGGCCAACCUGGCCGUGGCUGACCUCUGCCUGCUCUGUGCCCUGCCCUUCUUUCUGCACUUCCUGAAGAGCACCACAGACACGCCACUCUGCCAGCUCUCCCAGGGCAUCUACCUGGCCAACAGGUACAUGAGCAUCAGCCUGGUCAUGGCCAUCGCCGUGGACCGCUACGUGGCCGUGCGGCACCCACUCCGAGCCCGCGGGCUCCGCUCCCCACGCCAGGCCGUGGCCGUGUGUGCCACACUCUGGGUGCUGGUGCUCGGCUCGCUGGUGCUCCACUGGUCCCUGGACAUGCAGGACGGUGGCUUCUGCUUCUCCAGCCGCUCCGGGCAGACUCCCUACACCGUGGUCUUCUUGCUGCUGGGCUUCUACCUGCCGCUGGCCGUGCUGGUCUUCUGCUCUCUGCAGGUGGUGACCGCCCUGGCCCGGAGGCCAGCCGCCGACGCAGGCCAGGCGGAAGCCACCCGGAAGGCCUCCGGCAUGGUCUUGGCGAGCCUGGCCGUGUUCGUGGUCUGCUUCCUGCCCUUGCACGUGGUGCUGACUGUGAGCACGGCCCUGGGCCUGCACACCUGCGCCACCCGUCUCGCCCUCCAGAUCACCAGCCGACUCUCAGACGCCAACUGCUGCCUUGACGCCAUCUGCUACUACUUCAUGGCCGAGGAGUUCCAGGAAGCAUCUGCGCUGACCGCCCUCCCCGCCAGAGCCAAGGCCCGCAAGAGCCAGGACUCUGUGACCUUGGCCUAG